AUGAGGAACGAAUUCUGCUCCUUAGCGUUCGCCCGGGCAGUGUUUGCAGAAUUUCUGGCCACUUUAAUAUUUGUCUUUUUGGGGAUAGGUUCUGCCCUUAAUUGGUCCUCGGCUCUGCCAACUGUUCUGCAGAUCUCCAUGGCCUUUGGUCUUGCAAUUGGUACCUUAGUACAAGCGUUUGGACACGUCAGUGGGGCCCAUAUAAACCCAGCAGUCACUGUAGCUUUCUUAUUGGGGUCCCAUAUUUCUAUUUUACGAGCCCUUUUCUAUAUAAUUGCACAGGUGGUAGGGGCAAUUGCAGGAGCUGGCAUCAUACAUGCAGUAGCGCCAGUGAAUGUGCGCGGAAAUCUGGCCAUUAAUGCGCAGGUGAACUCGGGAAGCCCAGGCUUGGCUCUUGUCGUAGAGCUGUUGCUGACCUACCAGCUUGUACUCUGUAUCUUCGCAUCCACAGACAGCAGAAGGAAUGACAAUGUUGGAUCACCAGCUUUGUCCAUCGGACUUUCAGUGACCCUGGGCCACCUUUUAGGGAUCUAUUUCACAGGAUGUUCAAUGAACCCAGCUCGUUCCCUGGGACCUGCAGCCAUUACUGGAAUCUUCAAAGAUCAAUGGGUGUUUUGGAUUGGACCCCUUGUUGGUGGUGUUUUGGCCUCUCUCACAUAUAACUACGUCUUAUACCCACACAGCAAGAGUUUGUCUGACCGCAUUGCUGUCUUGAAAGGAACAUAUGAGCCUGAGGAGGAAAUAUGGGACAACAAGCCUGAACACAAGAGACAGUCAGUGGAGCUGUACUCUGCUCACCCUCUUCCCAAGGGUACAGAGAAAUUCUAA